UUCAUCAUAUUUUAUUACAUUGUUGGCGUUUCAGUAUCUUUACAGCAGAGACUGACUGUCAUGUACUCUAUUUGACUGACUGUAAUCAAUGAAAAGUUUGAUUAAUCUGAAUUAGCGGACCAAUCAGCUGCUGUUGAAAACUGUGGAGCCAUCUCCAAACCUCCUGAUUAUGAAAAGAGUUUACCUCCUCUGAGCUGAAGUGAACAGUGUUUUAAGGUGAUAAAUGAGCUCCAUUGUAAACACGUGUUAAACACACAGGAUCUCUAAGCCUCCUCCUUCUUCCUGCUCUCAAACACAGUCAGCUCCUCUCUGUCCACAUGUUUCCUGUUCCCUCCCCUUCAGAUCUACAGUUUGAAGAUGGGUGGAACCAACAUGGUGGUGAAGUGCAGGAGCUGACAGGCCUCAUUCACUGCAGAGACACAUGUUGUUUAGAUCAGAGCUCAGACUGGUUUCACUUUUGAUGAAAGUGAAAGCCAAACAGUCGUUGUCGCUGAGAGGUAAAAUGGCGCAAAAAGGAGUUCAGCUUGACCACGAAACCUUCUGUUGUUCGAUCUGUCUGGAUCUACUGAAGGAUCCGGUGGCGAUUCCCUGUGGACACAACUACUGCAUGAACUGUAUUAAAACCCACUGGGAUGAAGAGGAUGAGAGGAGAAUCCACAGCUGCCCUCAGUGUAGGCAGACCUUCACACCGAGGCCUGUCCUGAUGAAAAACACCAUGUUAGCAGUUUUAGUGGAGCAGCUGAAGAAGACUGGACUCCAAGCUGCUCCUGCUGAUCACUGCUAUGCUGGACCUGAAGAUGUGGCCUGUGAUGUCUGCACUGGGAGAAAACUGAAAGCCCUCAAGUCCUGUCUGGUCUGUCUGGUCUCUUACUGUGAGAAACACCUCCAGCCUCACUAUGAUGUGGCUCAGCUAACGAAACACAAGCUGGUGGAGCCCACUGAGAAGCUCCAGGAGAACAUGUGCUCUCGUCAUGAUGAGGUGAUGAAGAUGUUCUGCCGUACUGAUCAGCAGUGUAUCUGUUAUCUCUGCCCUGUGGAUGAACAUAAAGGCCACGACACAGUGUCAGCUGCAGCAGAAAGGACUGAGAGGCAGAGAGAAGUCGAGGUGAGUCUACAAAACAUCCAGCAGAGAAUCCAGGACAGACAGAAAGACCUGAAGGUGCUUCAACAGGAGGUGGAGGCCAUCAGUCGCUCUGCUGAUAAAGCAGUGGAGGACAGUGAGAAGAUCUUCACUCAGCUGAUCCGUCUCAUGGAGAAAAGAAGCUCUGAUGUGAAGCAGCAGCUCAGAUCCCAGCAGCAAACUGAAGUGAGUCGAGUCUUGGAGCUUCAGGAGAAGCUGGAGCAGGAGAUCACUGAGCUGAAGAGGAAAGACGCUGAGCUGAAGAAGCUCUCACACACAGAGGAUCACACCCAGUUUCUACACAACUACCCCUCACUGUCAGCACUCAGUGAGUCCACACACUCAUCCAGCAUCAACAUCCGUCCUCUGAGAUACUUUGAGGAUGUGACGGCUGCUGUGUCAGAGCUCAGAGACAAACUACAGGACGUCCUGAGGGACACAUGGACAAACAUCUCACUGGCUGAAGUGGAUGUUUUACUGCCACAACCAGAGCCCAAGACCAGAGCUGACUUCUUAAAAUAUUCACGUGAAAUCACACUGGAUCCAAACACAGCACACACAUGGCUGUUAUUAUCUGAGGGGAACAGAAAAGCAACAAGAAUGAAUCAACAUCAGUCUCAUCCUGAUCACCCAGACAGAUUCACUUUUUGGCCUCAGGUCCUGAGCAGAGAGAGUCUGACUGGACGUUGUUACUGGGAGGUGGAGUGGAGAGAAGAUGGAGGUGGAGUUUGUGUAGCAGUCGCAUACAAGAAUAUCAGCAGAUCAGGGUGGGGACAUGAAUGUAGAUUUGGGUUAAACAACAAAUGUUGGGCAUUAGAUUGUGACAACAACAGUUAUAAGUUUUGGCACAACGAUGUCCAAACUGCUGUCUCAGGUCCUCCGUCCUCCAGAGUAGGAGUGUACCUGGAUCACAGUGCAGGUAUUCUGUCCUUCUACAGCAUCUCUGAAACCAUGACUCUCCUCCACAGAGUCCAGACCACAUUCACUCAGCCUCUCUAUGCUGGACUUGGACUUUAUCAUUGUGAAUCCACUGCUGAGUUCUGUAAGCUGAAAUAGACAGAAGUCCUUUAAUGGGCUGUGGGUUCAAUUCUGUUUUAAUUCUUCAACUCAUUUUGUCUUCAUGUUUGUUGCUGAGAGCUGAUUGUUGUGGCGUCUCUUCACUGCACUGAGAUCAGCUGUCAGUCAAACAUUAUUGUUAAUAUUUUGUUCUCACCACUUUGUGCUUUUGUAAGGAAAUUUAUAAUUACAUUUACAUUUAUUGCUUUGCCAGAGGAAGUCAGGAGGCUAACAGCCUCAUGUGAGUUAUGUGUAAAAUGUUAUUUCUAACUUUCUAACUGUGUCAUACAUGGCGGUCUGUGGUGUCAACCUUCUGUCAGUCAGAAGAUCCUGUUAAGUUUGAUAAGUUAUUGAUUUUGCUGGUGGUAUUUUGGCUCUUGACUCGUACUAAUCUGAACGUUCACUGUGUGUCCUCAUCCAUCUUAACAGAAGAAAGUAACUCGUGUUUGAAAUGUUUGAACAUGAUUCUCCAUCAGCCGUGUUUGAUAGCCUGGAAUGAAGACGAGAAGAAAAUUCUUUGUUCCUUCUCAGAGAAAACAGUGAAUCUCCUUAUUGAUUGUGGUCAUGAUGGUUACAGCUUUAGAGAACCUCGUUUGUGCAUCAUUUGCUCUGUGGAUCUGAUCUGAACUAAAAUUAAUCAUAACAUUGUAAUCUUCUGUUCUCUAUUUUUAAUUUAGCUGUUUUAGUUCGCUUGCUGUCUUUUCUAAACCAAAAUCUUCUUGCUGUUUUUCUGAUCCUCUUCAGUCCAUUUUAAUGAGGAUCAAUACAGAUGAUGUUGCUCUUGGCCAUGUGGUCAACUUUACAUGUGGACGUUUUUUAUUCAUGAAAAGUUUCAAAACAUCCUUAAAGUUUUCAGCUUUUCUUCUAGAGCUGAAAUUCUGCUGAAAUCCUUCAGUCUCACAGGCUGAGGCCUCUUGGAGAACCUGGUGGCUCAGUGGGACAACCACAUGGUAACCCUGACCGGGAUUUGACCGGACUGCAGUCGGCCUUCGUGAUAACGUCCAGCCCUCGUUAACAAUCCAUGUGUGGCUUAAAACACGGCCAGUCUGAUGCCAUUGGACGCCAUACAUGAGCGUUGGACGCGUGCCGUGACAUAUGUGGGUGUGAGCAGCUUCUCCAAGACGUUUGGUAUCAAAGGGUUUUGUACAGAUGUUCACAGAUGUUCAGCUUCUCACCAGCCACAAGCUUUGCUUUGUGAUUUGACAAUAAAGCUUCGCUGCUUCAAAUUC